AUGCCGUGGAGCAUCCUCCCAAAGUCAGUAACAGCAUGGCUGAAUCGUUGGGACGAGAGAUCUUGCGAAGACGUGGGAGACUUCCACGAGGCCCAGGAAGCCCGAGCCCGACUGUAUUUCCAGGGUGCAGCGGGGCAGCUCGGCCACGUGGAAGCGCUGGUCCGCGACGACGUCGACUUGAACUUUGCAAUCCAGCGCGAGGCGGCUCUCCAGCGCGAGCUCAAGACCCUCUUCGUAUGGCUAAUGAUCUCCGGCGCCGCGGACGUCACCACCGCGGAGGAAAUUUACUCUCGUAUCCAGACCGUCGAAACCCAGCUGUCGGCGCUGGAAGAGAUGAUCUGGCGCUUGGAGCGCAGUACCCACGAGGUCCUGAGUCGGUUCGCUGGGAGCCGACUCGCAUCGCUUUUGAGGGCUUGGGCGACCGCCGAGAUCAUAUGCAGCGCCUCAUGCUGGCCUAUCGCUUCGGGCUGCGUUGGGCAAGGCGUUACAACAAUGUAG